AUGGCGCCAUCCAAAGACGGUGAAGGUUUCUCAUCUAAUGCCACCGGCGAGGUUUUCAACGAGCUUGGAUGGAUGGUCCAGAAUGCCCGAGGAUACAGGAUCCACGAAGAACCAUACGACACACCUCGCAAGAUAAGGGUCAUCCACAUCGGCGCAGGCGCUUCGGGCAUCACGCUGUCCAAGUUUAUUGAAGAUCGGUGCGAGAAUGUCGAGUUGCAGAUAUACGAGAAGAACAAGGACGUCGGAGGAACGUGGUUGGAGAAUAGAUAUCCCGGCUGUGCUUGUGAUAUCCCUUCCGCAUCGUAUCAGUUCACCUGGGAAAGGAACCCUUAUUGGUCCCAGUAUUACUCCGAGUCGCCCGAGAUAUGGCAGUAUUUCAAGAACGUGGUCGACAAGCACGGAUUGAUCAAAUACGUCAAGCUCCAGCAUACCGUGACCGGAGCGUAUUGGCAACCUGAGCAAGGCGUCUGGGAAGUGCACGUGCGACGGCCCGAUGGGACCGGGUUCGUGGAUACCUGCAACGUCCUCGUUAAUGGUGGUGGGAUCUUGAACAACUGGAAAUGGCCAGAUAUUAAGGGACUCCAUUCGUUCAAGGGCAUUCUCGUGCACAGCGCCAAUUACGACCCCGAAAUAGACCUAAACGGCAAGCGUGUUGCAGUCAUCGGGAUUGGGAGUAGUGGCAUCCAGAUCAUCUCGAAGAUUGCGUCGCAGGUGAAGCAACUAUACGCUUGGGUAAGGUCGCCGACGUGGAUCACCGCUGGGUUUGCUCAGAAAUUUGCUGGACCAGAUGGAGGAAAUUUUCACUAUACUCCCGAACAACAAAAGUUUUUUGCUGAGAACCCAGAAUUGUUCCUGAAAUAUUCGAAAAUGAUCGAGUCCGAGCUGAAUGUCAGGUUCAAGUUCAUUCUGAACGGAACCAAGGAGGCUGAGGGCGCCAGAGAGUUUGCUCGAAAUGAAAUGAUGCAAAAGCUUGGUACGACGAAGCCAGAGCUCCUAGAGGCGAUCAUUCCCAAGAACUUUGGUGUGGGAUGCAGGAGGCCGACUCCUGGAAACGGCUUCCUUGAAGCGUUGAACCAGGACAAUGUCCAAGUCUUCACCUCGCCAAUGAAAGAAAUCAACUCCGAUGGUUUCGUCGAUAGCGAGGGUAAGCAACAUAAUGUGGACAUUAUCAUCUGUGCCACAGGGUUCAACACAAGCUGGAUCCCUAGAUUUCCCGUUGAAGCGAAUGGGCACAGCAUUGCAAAGAUGUGGGCCAAGGAGCCCACAUCGUACCUUUCCCUCGGAGUUCCUCACAUGCCGAACUACUUCAUGAUGGGUGGACCUUACGGCCCGCUUGGACACGGAUCUUUCUUACCUAUCAUUGAGACACUCGCAGGCAAUAUCAUCCAAUGUAUCAAAAAGAUGCAGAAGGACCGUGUAAAGAGUCUAACGCCCAAACCUGAGAUCGCCGAGCAGUUCAGAGAGCACGCACAACUGUUCCUGAAGAGGACAGCUUGGACCUCGGGAUGUAGUUCGUGGUUCAAGCAAGGGAGGAUCGAUGGUCCGCUACCCAUGUUCCCUGCUUCUCGACUGGUGUAUAUGGACCUUCUGGCGACUCCUAGAUUUGAGGACUACCAGAUCGAAUAUAUGAACAAACUGAACAUGUUUGAGUUCCUAGGCAAUGGCUUUGCUACUCGAGAGUUUGAUGGCCGCGACCUGUCGUAUUACUUGGGGCUGUUGGACGGUGAAGAUCACCAAAUCGACCUCGAAGGAGCAAUUCAUGACGAUCUCGCGGCGCUGAAUCUGAUACAAUAG